GGUUGGGUUACCGCAUCAGAUAAUUAUUAUUGACGGCACAUAAUUCAAAAUAUUUAAUGGUAACAUUAGACGUCUAAUUUGGUACAAUGGCGGCUAUGUCCCCGUCGGAGCGACGUUUACAGAAAGAGCUUAUGUCGUUGAUGAAGGAACCUCCACCAGGUGUCACGGUUGACGGAGACCAGGCCAGCCAAAAUCUGACACUGUGGACAGUUCACAUGGAAGGUGUCCCCGGAACACUUUACGAGGGUGAAAAAUUUGUAUUGCAGUUUAAAUUCACUAAUAAAUAUCCCUUCGAUUCGCCUGAGCAGGUGACCUUCGUGGGUAACAAUAUCCCGGUCCACCCGCACGUGUACUCCAACGGCCACAUCUGUUUGUCCAUCCUCACCGACGACUGGUCGCCGGCGCUCUCCGUACAGUCCGUCUGUCUCUCGAUAGUUUCCAUGCUCAGUAGCUGUAAGGAGAAGAAACGGCCGCCGGAUAAUUCGUUUUAUGUUAAGACAUGCAACAAAAACCCCAAAAAAACGAAAUGGUGGUACCAUGAUGAUUCAGUUUAACAGUAAAACGCGGCUUUAUCGAGCGGACGAUAAAAUCCUAAUGUGAUAAGUGUUCUGAACUAUAACAUAUGUAUAUAGUGCGGUGAUAAUAUUUGUGAGUGUUGUGCUGUGCUUCACACUCGGCUACCAGGUCUGUGCUAAAUCUGGUUAGUGCUACUCCACGGUAGAUGACGCUGGGAUGACGCUAUCCGGCGGCAGAUGGCGCUGAAUCGAUUUACGAUAAUACAAAACACGCUUCAUAUCUCAGUCAUAGGAUAUCUGUACUAUUAUCACAAGUCUGCAUCGUCGUACAUGCUAAGUAGCGUUUCCAGAUCGUCAUUCAAGGAGCUACAUCGAUGUUAAAUGGUGAUAAGUAUAGGUAACUGUAUGAAAAUAUAGUUUGAACCUCAUGUACGCCGGUUAAUAAAGUAAUGAAUAUCAUGAGAAGCACUUGUUCCAUUGAAUAUUAAUAUAUGAUUGGUCUCUGUGGUUUUUCCGUUGGUAGCUCGGUGUGCGGACACCUAAUGUAUUCAUUUGAAAAUUAUUUCUGAAUGUGUUCCUCAAACUUCAGCGUUGUAUCACUAUGUUUAAUUUUUAAUUUGUUUUGAAAUUUUUUUUUUAUACUUUUAGUCUGUUUACAAUGCUUUGCUUUAUAUAAAGGAAAUAAUGCUUUGUGUGUUAAAGUGGCCUAAAAUAAUAUCCGUGGAAUACUUUUAAAAGCAAAUCUUUGACAAUAAUGUCAUUUAAAAAAAAAAAAAAAUAAUUUAGACCACUUUAAUUCUGAUAUGGAUUUUUAAAAAUAAACAAUGCUAGCAAUUGAUGAUAGUUAAUAAUAGUUAUAGGAUAACAAAUUAUAUAUAAUCCUAUGCAUUAAUUUCCCCCAUUAAAUUCUCUUUCUGACACCUCUAUAAUUUCACACUUUCAUUAUAAAAUUGCGGUCACAAUUCUUUCAAAUAAUUUGUACACUAUGUAAAAGUAUGUUAUAUUCGCUUAGCAAAACAAAUUUGAAGCAUCUUUUAAAUAGCGAUCAACUUCGAAGGCUAUUUAAUGAGUUAUCAGCGUUUUAAGUACAAACAUUCACAUAUAAAAAUGUAAAUGUACAACUAUCAGCUCUGUUAGUAUUACGUUAGAGGUGCAUUUUGUUUGCCAAAACUACCAGCUUGGUCUACCAGGUGUGAUAUACUGUACCUUCUUAUCAUAUAUGCUAUAUUUUAUAUAAAUAUAUGGAAAUAAAAAUCGA